CAUUCUAAUCGCAAGUCGAAUGGGUGAGAGGGGCAGCGACGAGCGUUUGAACCCGAACCUGAACCUGAACCUGAACCUGAACUUGCGCCUGUGCUUGUGUUUGUGCUUUGUGCCUUCCUGCCUCGCGCUAUUACAUUACAUUACUACAACCUCAAAUCAAUCCCACAACUCGAGAGAACAGAACAGGCAGAGCAACCCCUCCCGUCUUUUCCCACCAACCGACCGUAGAAGCGACAGAUCGGUCAUCUACACUCGUUCAAGUCCAAGAUCAAGUUUGCGACAUUUCUACCCUGCAUCUUGUCUUUCUGCUGAGGCUGGAGAACCACGCAGCAUCCAUGCUCAACACCAUUGAAGCCCGCUCUGCGUCAUAACUCGGAGUCUUAUCUGAGAACCAUCCGUCGCCAUGCCGGCCAACAAACGCCAGCAGGUAGCCCAGAUGCCUGUCUCGCCGGCGCCGAAGCCUCCCACCGCAAAGUACACAAAUAAGGAUGGCACCAAGAGCAUCACCAUCCCCAAGUCUUCCGCCUCUACCCCGCCAGCUCAGCCCUCGCCCACGACGAUAACCUCCUCGAAGGGACCGCCACCCGCCACCGCCAAACUGUCUAACCCAGCUUCAAAUGAACCCCCCGCACCCACAGUGAAUAGGAAGAAGCAAAAACGCCGCGAGAAGGCCGCCGCGAAAGCAGCUGCCGCCGCCGAAGCAUCCCACGGAUUGAACGGCCUGCCCAGCCCGCCCGCCUCUACCAUCAGCGCACCCACACAGCGUGUCCCCAUGAGCGCGCCCAGGCCGGACGCUCCGCAUCACCAGCAGACCGGCACUCGUUCACAUCCGCCCGCACCCAACGGCGAUUCGUGGGACGAUGAUGAGACUGAGAGUGACGACGACCACCAGCUCUACGCUAGCCGGACAAACGGCCCCGCAGCCCAUGCUCAUUCUCGGCCGCCCACAUCCAAGAAGAAGAAGAAGCAAAGGAGCGCCCUGGCCACGACGGUCGACGAAUUCGCUAGGGAGAUGGGAGAACGCAGUGCGGGCAUCUCGCGCGACGAGAAGAUAUGGAACACAUCUUCGGCCGAGGAGCGGGAACGCAUCAAGCAGUUUUGGCUUGGCUUGGGCGAGGACGAACGCAAGUCUCUGGUCAAAGUCGAGAAGGACGCCGUGCUCAAGAAGAUGAAGGAGCAGCAGAAGCACACGUGCAGCUGCACUGUCUGUGGGCGCAAGCGCACGGCAAUCGAGGAGGAGCUCGAGGGACUCUAUGAUGCUUACUAUGAGGAGCUAGAAUCUUUUGCGAACCAGCCUCAGAAUCACCCGAAUGGCCCUCCCAUGCUGGGCACCCCCCGCCGACUUGGUCAAAUGUCCGGCCUACACCCCCCUCGCAGCCUCCCCGCAACCAACUACUCAAACCACCAUCAUCCCUCACGCGCGCGCAUAGUAGAGCAGUUCGAUAAUGAAGACGACGAGGAGGAGGACGAAGAUGAUGUGGACGAGUACAGCGACGACCUGGAUGAGGAGGACGAGGAAGAAGAAGAAGACGACGAGGAAGACGACGACGAGGAAGAAGAUGACGAUGACGACGGGGAACCCGAGGAUAUCCCUGAGGACAACGCGCUCGACCUCUUCAAUUUCGGUCAGAGUCUCACUGUACAGGGUGGCAUACUCACCGUAGCCGACGACCUCCUCAAAAACGACGGCAAGAAGUUCAUCGAGAUGAUGGAACAGCUCGCCGAACGGCGGAUGGCGAGGGAAGAAGACGCAAAGGAUCAUUACGCCUAUGGUCACUCGAAUGGCAACUCCUUGAACGCCCACAAUCAUGCUCCUCCACCCGAUGAUGAAGAGUACGAGGAUGAGGACGAGGAAGACGACGAGUACGACUCUCAGGAGGACGAGGAGUAUGAUGAGGAAGAGGACACCAUGACCGAGGAGCAACGCAUGGAAGAGGGUCGGCGCAUGUUUCAGAUCUUCGCUGCACGCAUGUUCGAGCAAAGGGUCCUGACCGCUUACAAGGAAAAGGUAGCGCGAGAACGACAGGCCAAGCUUCUGGAAGAGCUCGAGGACGAAAGUCGGCAAGACGCCCAGAAGAAAGCCAAGAAGGCAAAGGAGGCCCAGAAGCGAAAAGAAAAGUCCCUUCAGAAGAAGCAAGCUCUGGCCGAAGAGAAGGCUCGAAAGGAUGCUGAGAAAGCUGCCGCCGAAGCUGAACGGCUAGCUGAAGCGCAACGGAAAGCCGAAGAGGCCAAGACCAAAGCAGAAGAGAAGCGUAGGAAGAAGGAGCAGCAGAGGAAGGCCGAGGAGGAAGACCGGAUACGGAAGGAAGCCGAACGACAAAAGCGCGCCCUGGAAGCGAAAGAGCGGCAGGCUGAGCAGGAGCGAAAGGCUCGCGAGGCCAAAGAUCGCGAGAAGAGGGCCAAAGAAGAGCAGCGGGCUAAGGAAAAGGAAGCUCGGGAGCAAAAGGAGCGCGAGACCCGUGAGCGCCGGGAAAAGCAUGAGCAAGACAAGCGGGAUAAGGAGCAACGGGCAGCACAGGCCAAAGCAGAACGCGACCUUAAGGAGAAGCAGAAGCAAGAGGAGAAGGCAGCCCAGAAAGCGGCGGCUCUAGUUGCUCCUAUCCCGAUUCCCACCCAGCCCAAGAAGCAGCAGCAUCUUGGCUCUAUACCAGCUCUACCUCAGCAGCUUCCAGCACAUGCUUCACCGCAGAUUGCCGUCGCAACUCCCGUCCUACCAAAGGCUCCGGUGCCUGUGAAGCCACGAACGGCGUCGCAGGAGAUCCCCCGAUCUAUGUCACAAGCCGCUCAUCCGGGAUCAAGCAUGAAUCAGAAUAUUUCUCCUCACUCCAUGACUCCGGUACAUGCCAGCCCUAGCCCUCAUGGGCUACCCAGGAAAACAUCAUCCGCUGGAUUGGGCAAUGCGUAUCCCGGCAUGCCGAUGUCUCCGUUGCAUGCAGGCAUCAAGAGCCCGCCUGGGUUUGGGCAAGGUGGCUUCCCGGGUAUGCCUCCAAUGGGGAUGCCAUAUCCUCCCCCUCCCCCUCCGGGCAUGCCAAUGGCCCCUGGGUUCAAUCCGAUGCAGAAUCACGCUUUCCCACCAAUGCCUGGCAGUUUCCGACCUCCUCCUGGUGGAAUGCCGUUUCCACCCCCUGGUCUCGGUGGUCCGAUGGGCCGUGGGUUUCCAAUGCCGCCUGGUGCACCCCCGGGUUUCCCAGGUGGAUUGGACAACUUACCUCCUUUAAGCCAGUCUUUCCCACUACAUGAGAACAUGGCACCGGGCCAGCCGUCGCCCCACUCUCGGCAGGCUUCUGCAAGCUUUGAUGGUAGUCCCUUGGAACUGAAGACGUCUGGCACUUCCGCCCAGCCCAUCGCACGUCCUGCGCCAAUUGGAAGGCCCGGCAGCAUAUCACAUGGUUUCCGGAACGACCACCUGGACUCGGGCAAUGUCAAUCACCUGGGCAGCAGCGCUUUGCUGGAUGAUAGCGACGAACCACUGGGUGAUAUGAUCAAUCAACAACGCCGUAAUACUGCGGCACCGGGAACCAGACCUCCGUUCACAGCGGCGCCAUUCGUCGAUCCCAUAUUCGGAUCUCCUCUUGGUUCGGGAUGGGGCGGUCCUCAUAGCGUGUUCUCUCCCGUCCCGGCUCCGCCUCCCGGACUGGGCGGUUCAGUAUGGCCAUCCAAUCCGUCAUUUGGAAUUCCUCCUCCAGCGCCUAGACUGUCGCGACCUGUGACAGUCCGUCUCAUGCUCGUUCAAGCUUGCAAGGAGCUGGAAAAUCACGCAACUGACGCAAAUGGGUUCAUCGAUAUCUCAAUCAUUAAGGGUCAUGUCGACACAAUCAAUACUUCCGAGCCCAUAUCCGAAACCGAAUUGCUGGACAUGUGUGAGACUGAGGGCAAUCCACAGAAUGGCGACGGCAGCUUCGACAUCAACGAGAAGUCUGGAAAGACUUUGGUCAAAUACAACCCUGCUGGAGGUAUGCCAUCGUCGGUCCCACGAAACCUCGGAGCUCCUGGUCAAAUAAGUAGCCCCAUCGUUGGUGCUUCCGGUCCGUUCAGCAACCGAACUUAGGGGUCAAUUGGGAACGCUAUGGACUACACUGAUGCGCUUGCCGCCGGUAUGUUCGGGAAUUCCCCAUGAUGGUGCCAACUCCUCCUUCUCUACUCUUCUGUCUGCUGCACAUGGACAUGUAUUCGCGCUGGGUGAUGCAGCUACGUAGACAUUGUUCAUGUGCUAGCGGUGCUGCUUUUACCUUUUGUCUUUUUUUUUAUGUCCUCCUUUGAUGGUAUUUACUCUGACUCAAACCCCGGACUUUGGUUGCGUACAUUGACUCUUCCGGUCGUUCGAGGGUGGCGGGCGAAGGCGAGGUCAGCUUAGCUUGGGGGAAGGGAUGGUCACGUUGAAUGGAAGUCGGUGAGGACGCCCAUAGACGUGAGCCACUUCCUUUCUUCAGAAUGAAAGGAUCUCUUAAGAACAGCGAAGUAUCAAUACAGGGAUGCAGCUAUUGCAGUGUGCAAUCACUGAUACUAUUGACCUUGAU